UGAGGCACCUGCAGGAGCAGCAGUUUCCAGCCGGCCGGGCUGCAGCAGGCAGGACCUGCUCUGGGCUCUGGGAAUGUAAUCCACAAUGCUAGUUCUCAGGGUGCUCAAUGUUGUUGCUCCAGCCUACUUCCUGUGCAUCUCCUUAGUGACCUUCGUCCUCCAGCUCUUUCUCUUCAUCCCCAGCAUGUUCAAAGACCCUUCCACCACCCCACUUUUCUCUCCUGCUCUGCUGCAUGGGGCCCUAUUCCUCUUCCUCUCAGCUAAUGCCCUGGGGAACUACAUCCUUGUGAUACAGAACUCCCCUGAGGACCUGGGCAAGUGCCUGAACUCGGGCGGAGGAGCCGAAGUGGUGGCGGACCAGCCGGACGGAAGCAGGUCCCCUUGCUCAGCCUUGCCCAGCACCCACUUCUGUAGACUGUGUGCCAGAGUCACCCAAAGGCAUGACCACCACUGUUUCUUCACAGGGAACUGCAUCGGGAGCAGGAACAUGCGGAACUUUGUCAUGUUCUGCCUCUACACCUCAUUGGCUUGUCUCGACUCCCUGGUGGCAGGGGUGGCUUACAUUUCUGCAGUGCUCUCUAUGUCCUUUGCAAACCCACUGGCCUUCCUCACCCUCCUGCCUCACUCCAUCAGCCAGUUCUUCUCAGGAGCUCUCCUUAGCUCUGAAAUGUUUAUCAUUCUCAUGCUGUACCUCUGGCUUGGAAUUGGACUUGCCUGUGCUGGCUUCUGUUCCCACCAGAUACUGUUGAUUUUACGAGGGCAAACUCGCUACCAGGUGCGGAAGGGGAUGGUGGUAAGAGCCCGGCCCUGGAGGAAGAACCUGCAGGAUGUCUUUGGGAAGAGGUGGCUAAUAGGACUUCUCAUUCCUAUGCUAAAUGUGGGAAGUGACUAUCAUCACAGGCAUAAAGACAAGUAACUCUCCA